GAAAGGGCCAUAGCAAAGGGCCCUCCGACCACCCUUGUCACAUUUUUCUCUGCCCAUGUCCCUCAGAACAUGGAGGAAAUUAUGGUAUUAAUUAGCCCCUUCUUAAAUUCUCAUUCUCUCUCUCUUUCAUCUCAAACACCAUAAAACCCCUCAUUGAACAUCACACACCUCCUAGUUCUUGAACCAACAAUCCCAAGUGAGAAAAACAGAGCAACAAGAAAGUAAUCAAACCAGACCACCUCAAUCAUUGUGGUGUGGUCUAAUCCAACCAAAGCAAAAACCAUCCAUUGUUUAACUCACUCUAUUACACGUUUUAAGGAGAAAGAUUCUCAUCCUUAAAAAUCUUCUUCCUUCCCCUUUCCUUGAACGUGAGAGAGAUCAGUUAUUAUAAAGAGAUCCAUUGAUGGAUAUUGAAUCAGCCAAGUGUGAGUGUUGUGGAUUGAAAGAGGAUUGCACCCAGGACUACAUCAGCGAUGUGAAGGCCAAAUUUGAUGGGAAAUGGUUAUGUGGGUUGUGCUCAGAAGCAGUGAGAGAUGAAGUGAAUGGAGGGAAAAAGCCAUGGGCCAUGGAUGAAGCUGUGAAAGCUCACAUGUCAUUCUGCCGCAAGUUCAAAGCCAACCCUGCAGUUCGAGUCGCAGAAGGCAUGAGGCAGAUGCUAAGGAGAAGAUCAGGGGACUUAUCAACAUCAUCAUCAUCUCCAAGUUCAUCAAAGAAGUAUUCAAGGUCAACAAGCACUUCUCAGGUUGGGGAUUCUUCAUCUUUCUCAUUGUACUGAUGAGAAAACAGAAGAGGGUGCAUGUGAGGCAGGUUGGAAUAAAUGUUUCUUUUAUUGCAUGUUUGGAUCAACUUCUCAUUCACCAGAAUCAAUUUUGAAAUUCAGAAGUUACUCCGAUAAGCUUCCACUUCACAUCUACUUUUGGCUUCAGAAUCAUUUGCAAAAGAGUUUCCAAACAUGUAAUCAGUCUUUAAGGGCUAAGCUUUUUCUUCUUGUUAUGUACAGGGAGUGUAGUUUCAGAUUAAGGGUAUUGACUAUUUUCUUCUGCUUAAUUUCUUGUCUUUGGACUCUUUUCCCCAAGCUGGUCCCAAGCUUGGUGUUCUUAAUCCCUUUGUUCGUUUUUAUGUCAUUUUGAUGUUUAAA